UCUUCCGCGGCUUGGCCUCGCGCUCCGAGGCUGUACUUAGAUAUAUAACUCGGUGCGGGCCACACGCCCCUCAUCCGUCUUUCAACCAGUGUUCAGUUUGCCCUAACACCGAAUCCACAGUCAUCAUGAAAUUUACCAUCGUAGUGUUCUUCUGCUUCUUGGCCCUCGUCAGAGCUCAAUUCUUCGGAGAUUUCGAAUCACUGGGCGGAUUCGGUGGCGGUCUGGACUCCCCGUUGCACGCAACCAGAGAUCCCAGACAAAAUCCAGGCCCCGUUGUCUUCCCUCCGGCUCCUCCAGACAACGGUGAAACCAGCGGUGUCAUUGUUGGCGCUUCUGGAUACGGUUUCGUUCCACCAGGCCACAGAUUUAGUUCACAGUAUUUCGCCUUCUUCUGAUCUCCAUCUGUUCUCAUCGCAAAUGCCAUUGUAAAAUAAUUUCCGAAUUUCAGCUCUUGUAUAUAAUGCUUAAAUUAGAUCAAUUGUACAACUUGUCCUAUUUAAUGUCUUGUAAUUAUUAUUUAAGUUAGAUUAAGUAUUUAAUUAGGUUUAGUUAAAACUAUUGCAAUUGUCGACAUGUGCAAUAUGUUAUUUAUUAAAGUUGUUUU